GACAAUCUGUAGGCAUGCUUUUAUUGUGAAACUGUCCAGCGCGCGCUGCCGUAUUCAUCUGUCGGCUUAUUUCAAAGAUGGAUUCCAGCUCUGUUUACGCGCUGUCAGCGGGCUUUCUGGCCGCUGCUGGUUCUCUGUCUGCGAAGCUAACCCUCGGUGCAGACUACCUGAGGGAGAUGUGUGAGUCCGGCCUGAGCGGCUGGACGCAGGGUUCCGGCGGAGCCACACGGUGUGACUGGCUCCAUGUUCCUCUUCGGCUGUUGUGUGGAGUCCUGCUACUCAGUUGUAACACUCUAAUGUGGACGAUGUUCUCCAAAGCUCUCCGUCACGGCUCUUCUUCAGCAGGGGUCACAGUCACCACCACCGCCUCCAACUUCAUCUCCUCUGCUGUCAUUGGGAGACUCAUCUUUGGUGAGACUCACAGCACCCUCUGGUGGACAGGCAUCUCUCUCACUCUGUGUGGACUGCUGGUGCUGCACAGUGGGACUCCUCACACAUCCCCACAAGAAGCCGAGAAAAAGGACAAGUGAUGGAUCAGGGAGAGACGUUUGUCGAACUUCUCACUGCACUUUAAAUUGCACAUAUUGUUGGACAAAGCGAGGCAAACCAAACAUUCAACAUCUAGAAUUGGUUUUCAGUGGUUUUUAGAAGACUUGUUUUCCAAGAGGCUGACUGGUACCAGUGACUGCAGUGGGCCCCAAAAGCAAGCCUGUCAUGUCUUAUCCCUUGUUUGGACUGAGCUGUACAGUACGGCACAGUCCUGCUGUAUUCAGGGAACGUUUAAACCGCCAGUUGGACUCUCACUAGACAGGCGAGGUUAAACCUAUGCGCCUAAUGUCUUUUGAUGUUCUCAUGUUGUCCCACAAGAAAGAUGUUUGUAGUUUUGCCAUAAGAGACUUAGAUGUGCUUCUAUUUUAACUCAAAAGUUGUAAGUUGGAGUUCACUGCAGUUUUCUGUACGAUCACCAAUUACUGGUCUUUUAAAAGCCUGACCUGCUGAUUUUGAUUUUGGUCGAUACCAAGUUUUUUUUUGUCUGAAAUGUUGUUAAAUAUAGCAAGAAAGUCACUGAGUUAGUAACAGUGGAGUGAAUAUUAACUGCAAACAUGCAGACAUGACCUGGUGGGAGGGUCUGUCAGUCAAACAUCUCAUAGCAGAUCAGAAGAGGACAGUGAUUGAUUUUUAGACCUUCUGAGGUUGAUAAGAUCAGCUUCACAUGUAAGGAUUGUCUCUAGUCUCUAGCAUGAGACAUGCUAGUGUAUGUCUCAUGGAUUAGUGAGACAAGGAUUGAUGUCUUUCUGUUCCCCAAUCAAUGGACUGUGUUGUAUGAUGCUAGUUAGCUCCGUACCGUUGUCUGAAGACCCACAGACCUGAACGGAAGGCUCUAGGUCUAUAUGACUUUCUAUUGACUGUCCAUUGACUGUCCGUCCGUCCAUUCAUUCAUUUUCUUUACACCCUUGUCCCUUAGUGGGGUUGGGAGGGUUGCUGGUGGUUUCCAUUGACUGUUACAGUAGAAAUAGGCAAAAUGUCGUACAGAACUGUUCCGACCCGUGUUCUACAGCUCAGUGGAAACAAGGUUAUAGAGCUUGAGCUGGGUGACUGAUAAGUUACCAGUCACUUGUAAAAGCCCUUUAAGUCCUGAUCAGUAAAAUUAGAUUAUAUUUCUUGUUGACUUGGACUUGUCAGGUUGUGGCUGAUAUCUCUAAUCAGUGAAUACUUGUAAAUAUUAAAUCAUUUUGAAUAAAAAUAAAUUCAUACUUUGGUUCUAUUA